CUGAACAGAACAGAAAAGAGGGAUAUUUAUCCAACGUUAUCAAGUUCAGUUCAGUAUAGUAAGCUGGGUAGAGAGUUGAGUUGUUCAUCCUCAUGGCUUCUUCUCUUACCUUCUCUCUAAUUCAAACUCUGAAUUCUCGCACGUCUCCUCUGCCUCCAGGCUCGCCAAUUCCUUCAGCAACGCCACACAUUUCAACAGUUUCUUUCGCUUUAGCAAAGAAUGCUCAUCGCCGCUUCAACUUCAAGAUCAAACAUCUCACAAGGACAUCAUCUGAUGGUACAGGAGGUCCACUUGAAGUUGCAGAAGAGUCCAAAUUUGUUCCUUUAAAUGCCGAAGAUCCACAAUUUGGCCCACCUGCUUUGUUAUUGCUGGGCUUUGAAGUGGACGAAAUUGUGAAGAUACAACAGCUUUUGAAAGAAAUGGAUGGUGAAUUCUUACAGAUUAUUCUCUGUACUGAAGACAUGAUUCCUCGUUCACUUUGGGAGGCUAUUAAUACUAAGCAGGCCAAUCUGAAGGAAGUGAAGAUUGCCAAGUCACUGCCACGAAUUUGCUUCUUAUCUGGUCUCAGUGGGGAGGAGAUGAUAAUGUUCAUUGAUGCUUUUCCGGAAGCUGGACUAGAACCAGCUGUCUUUGCAGCACUUGUUCCAAACAGUGCCGAUAAACCUCUGCAGGAGUUGAUAGAUGAGAUAAUGGGAGACCAUGAAAUGAUGACUUCAAAACAAUGAUCGAGAAAACUCCAAAUACAUAUUCCAAACUUGGAAGAGAAGAAUUUUUGCUCCAUGAUUUCUACAGCUUCUGGAAAUGCUGACAAGACUUGGUCUUCACAAGGAGCAAUGAUUUUCUGUUGACCUUUGUUAGUUGAGAUUUUUGGUGCUAAAUAGACCUGAAAAGCAUCCUCCUACUCAUACCUCUUCAUAUCUCUGUUAUCCGAAAAUUGUUUGCUGUAGAAAAGUAAGCAUGUACCAAUAUGACAUGCAGCUCUUAUGCUCAUUUAA